AAAAUGUCAUCAUGCUGCCUAUAUAAGUACCAAUGCCUGCCUCAUCUCCUUCACCACAAAUCUAGCACAAACAGAAAACUAGGUUGUAUAACAACAAUGGCUUCGCAUCUGACCACCGUGGUUCUCCUAUCGGUUCUGCUCUUCGGAUUUACCUACGCCGUUGAUUUCGAUUACUUCACGUUGGUUCUUCAAUGGCCUGCAACUGCCUGCGAAAUAAAUUCCAAAACAUGCUGUCCUUACAAUGGUUGUUGCCCAGGAGGAAGUCCUCCACCAGGAUUCACAAUCAGAUCACUAUGGCCCGAUUACAAUGACGGAACAUAUCCAGAAUGUUGUGAAGGUGCUCCUUAUAAUGAGAACUCGCUUUCAUCAUUGAGUGAUGCUAUGACCAAGUAUUGGACGAUACUAAAUUGCAAAAUGUCAUCAUCAUGCACCCAAAAGAGACCAUUUUGGGCUCAUCAGUGGGAGAAACAUGGUACAUGUGCCACCUCAGUAGUAGGCGACCAACAAGGGUAUUUCCUGACAACCCUUCAAUUGUAUUUGAAGUAUAAUGUCACGGACGUUCUUAUACAAGCAAAAAUUAAACCUUCAAAUUCAAAGACAUACCCAUCAGCUAGCAUUAUUUCUGCUAUUGAAGAUGCUUUCGAUACAACACCUCAGUUGACCUGCAACGAUGAUACUGUAUACCAAGUCCGUUUGUGUUUUGACAAGGAAUUUAAGGUUCGAGAGUGUGUAGGAGAAAGCAACAAAUGUCCUCAAUAUGUCAGAUUACCAAAAUUUGCAUUCAGAAAUGUCACCACGAGUACUGAGGAUUGGUUGAUGUCUACUAUUAAAUCAGUUGUUUGAUGAAUGCAUUUCAAACCCUUACCUUUGCAUGGCUGAUUUCCUAUGUUUAAAUAAGUCAAGGAGGCAGUGAGAGUACCUCGAUUGAUAUACCUUUGUGUGUCUUGGUGUUCUGUUUAGUGGUUGUAGACUGCCAUUUUAGCAUUUUACGUUGAAUAAUAAGUCAAUGAGAUAGUGAGAGUACCUCCAUUGAUGUACCUUUGUAUUUGUUGGUGUUCUAUUUUUCUAAUUAUAUUCCAAGUUACAUAUACAAAAUU